AUAAAACACACUGUUCCGGCUGUUGCCGGGUGAAGUUCGCAUGUGGUGUGUUUUCGAUAUUUUAAUGUGAUAAUAGCGUAUAAAAUUUUUUUGUAGCGGACGCUGUGCAGCCUUCGUGUUUUACUGCGGAUAUUUGUUUGUGUACACGCUCCGCUUUUUGUAGAGGUGUGGUUUACACAGCUGUCAAACAUGAAAUUCCAACCAGUAACACAUUGUAUAUUCGAUAUGGAUGGAACACUUUUGGAUUCUGAGAAAAUAUAUGCAGAAGUUUUUGAUUCUAUUGCUGCAAGACACAAAAAGAGGUUCACGUGGAAAAUUCAUGUAAAAAUGAUGGGUAUGUUGGAGGUAGCUGCAGCACAACUUAUGAUUGAUGACCUUAAUUUACCUAUGAAUGUUGAUCAAUUUUUGUUACUACAAAGAAGGGGUUUUAUGAGAUAUCUACCACAUGUUCAUCUGAUGCCAGGAGUGGAUAAACUGAUACAUCAUCUGCAUGAACGUGGCAUACCAAUAGCAGUUGCAACCAGCAGUGGAGCAGAAAGUGUGAAAAUUAAAACAAGUCAUCAUAAACCAUUGAUGAGUUUAUUCCAUCACAUUGUGUGUGCAAGUACAGAUCCUGAAGUUGAGCAUGGAAAGCCAGCUCCAGAUAUAUUCCUUGUCUGUGCUUCGAGAUUUGAAGACAAUCCAGACCCAAAAAAGUGUCUUGUGUUUGAAGAUGCACCAAAUGGAGUAAAAGCUGCGCGAGCUGCUGGCAUGCAAGUUGUUAUGACACCAGAUGAGCAAGUUAAUGAUGAUAUGAAGCAAGAUGCAACUAUUGUUCUCAAGUCCUUGGAAGAGUUUAGACCUGAAUGGUUUGGUCUUCCACCAUUUUAAGUUAUGUGGUAUACUAAUUGUGGUUUAUAGUCAAGCAAUAUAAGAUGCUAAUAAAUCUGUAUUUUGUUUGUUAAAAAAUUAUGAUACAAGAAAGAGAGUUCCUCUUGUAGCUAUAAACUAUUGUUGAUCUUACCUAAGCAGCUUUUAUAAACUGUUGUUGACAUAUUUUGAAAAUGCUUUUUAGUUAUGUACUUGUGCUUGUUGUUUAGUGGGUUACAAUAUCACACUAUUGUGUGCUAAUUAAUAUGGGAUUUGCUUUUGGUUUAAUGAAACUACUUACUUUUUUGCAUGCAUCCUAUAUGUAGCUGGCAUGAAAUAAAUAUUAUUUUUCCCAAUAUAUGUUUUUGAAAAUCUUAUUUUCGUUUGAUAGCUAGAAGUAUUUUCUCCCACCUGUCUUGUGCCUGUCUUCCAUUAUCUGUGACAUCUGCUCCUUGCACAUGGGUUUAUUAAACUUUGUGUAAGUAUCAGCAAAUAACUGGAACUCUGGUACCCACAUCACAGAAUAACUCAUUGAUCAGAGGAAUUACCUUGAAAAUUCAUUUUUGCUGAUGGGACUGCAGCUCACUAUCCCACAGUAUCCAGGAAAACAUACGUUGAGCAAUAUCACCAAAAGGACAAGGCCUUGCAGCUUGGGUGCAUUGUCACACACUUCAAGCUAUGUGACUAAUGGUAAUUCAGUCUCCAGUGAAGUCAUUGUACUAAUGUUGCUGUGACAAAUGAUAUAUAACAGGCAUAAAAUUUCACUGUGAUGACCAUCUAAUAUAAAUUAAGUUACUAAGAAUCAUAUUUUUUACUGUGAAAACAAAGUGCAAGCUGUUAUUUUUUCAAAUA